GUCUGACUGUGAAGGUGGCAACAGAAACCAAAACGUCUUCCAGAAAAGUUAGUGUUUGAAGUGAGGUAGCGGCCAGGGAAGAGAUUUAGUAAAGUUUUGAAAUUGUGAAUCUACCCUCGUGAAAAGGAUGCAGAGAAGCAGCGCGUUGUCUGUGGUGUGUGCCGUGCUGGUGGUAGCGGUGGGGGUUGUGAACGCUGCAAGUUAUUACCCUUUCCCGUGCAAUGACUUGGACUGGUGGGUCGACCCACUCGCUGAGACCAUGGAGGGCAAAAACAUUCUGAGCAAGCUCGGGCCCAUGCACGUCAUGCUAUGGGACCCAACCGACGCUGAGCAGACGGCUUUCGUAUGCGCUUCACUGCUGCUCGAUGUUGACGCGGGAAGCUUCAACGCCACGGCCAUCAAGAGCGACAACUCGUCCGUUUCGGUGACGGGCAACCUCACCUACAUCAUGGGACCGCCAAGCUCAUACUUCGAGCUCACGAUGUACGAGGUCGUCCCCGAUGCUGUGGGAUUGUUCGGGUUCUCCAGCAGCGGCUCCAUAACGCUAUACCCUGAAUUCGUCUCCUCGACUGAACUAAUUCUACUCAGCUGCAGGAAUCGCUUCCUAGGCCUCACGAAAAUCCAGACGCUGUACGUCUUCACGAACCAGGACUUGACCGCGCUGGACAACACGUGCCUGAUGUCGCACGUGGCCACCGAGACAGAGGUUGAUGUGCAGCCUGUCCCCAACCUGGCCAAGUGCAUGCCACCUAAAGUCGAAAGUUCCGGUGACGAGCAGUAAAUGAUUAUUGCCUUAGGGUACGCACACAGUGAAAGCAGGUUUGCCCGCGCGGGCAACCUGCU